CGAACAUGUCGCCGAUCUGUGAUGCUGACAUUGGGCGGGGCUAUUGAGCUAAUGGCGUCGCGAAGGCCUAAGUCCCCUCCGCUAGCGAAGCCGCGGCUUCCGCGGUCUCAGUCUGUUUUACUCCGCACUCUGUGUACCCUCUGACCGUCUGCAGCGCCACCGUUACCCGGGACCGCUUCCCCGUCACCCCACUCCGUCCGCGGCUCCUCCGGCGUGGAGGUUCAGGAGCCAGGCCUCGGGCUCAGGUAAAACGCGCGGCCGGGCCCGUCACACAGAGUUAGGCGCCCUGUAUCGUUCUUCUGUAGGCGCACUCCGAUCCCUACCUCAGUAGGGCCAAAGUUAAGGGUCGUCUUAGGAUCAAGGAUAAAUGAAAUUCCAGGACUGUUUGAAAAGGAUCUUCCUCUCAAAUCAGCACUUCACGUUCUCUUCCCAUCAUCCGUGAUAUACAGGGUUGUGUGGAUUUUGACGUCUACAUUUAUUUUGCCUAUCAAGUGAGAAUAAGAGAUCCUUUCAUAGUACGGUCUGGAGUAACAAACUGGACAUACAGGAUGGCAUCUGUGCCAGUAUAUUGCUUGUGCCGCCUACCGUAUGAUGUGACACGCUUUAUGAUAGAAUGUGACGUCUGUCAAGAUUGGUUCCAUGGCAGUUGUGUUGGGGUGGAGGAGGAAAAAGCAUCGGAGAUUGACCUAUAUCAUUGUCCUAAUUGCCAGAUCACUCAUGGGCCAUCUGUUAUGAAACGAAGGCGUGGCAACGCAAAGCAAGAAACUCCUGUGAACAAGGACUUGGGGAAACCUGUGCAGACUGGAAGCGCAAGCUUCAUUAAGGAGCUGAGAACGAGGAAUUUCCCCAGUGCAGAUGACGUGAUCCUGAAACCUCAGGGAGCUCAGCUGACAGUAGAGUAUUUGGAGGAAAACAGUUUCAGUGUCCCAAUUUUGGUGCUGAAGAAGGAUGGGCUUGGGAUGACGCUUCCUCCUCCUUCCUUCACAGUGAAUGAUGUGGAGUAUUAUGUUGGAGCAGAAAAGGAGAUUGAUGUGAUCGAUGUCACCAGGCAAGCUGACCUAAAGAUGAAGAUAAAGGAUUUUGUGAAAUACUACAAUAGCCCUAAGAGGGAGAAAGUGCUGAACGUUAUCAGCUUGGAGUUCUCGGAGACCAGACUGUCGAACCUCGUGGAGACGCCAAAGAUUGUACGCAAGCUCUCCUGGGUCGAGAACCUGUGGCCUGAGCAGAGUGUGUUUGAGAGACCGAAUGUUCAAAAGUACUGCCUGAUGGGAGUGAAGGACAGUUACACAGACUUUCAUAUUGACUUUGGGGGCACAUCUGUCUGGUACCACGUGUUAAAGGGAGAGAAGAUUUUCUACCUGAUACAGCCUACGAAGACUAAUUUGGCCCUGUUCGAAUGUUGGAGCAGCUCUUCAAACCAGAAUGAAAUGUUUUUUGGCGAUCAAGUAGACAAGUGCUACCGGUGUCCAGUGAAGCAGGGCCAUACCCUCUUCAUCCCCACAGGCUGGAUUCAUGCAGUGCUGACCCCAGUGGACUGUUUAGCUUUUGGAGGAAACUUCCUUCACAGUCUUAACAUUGCCAUGCAGCUCAGAGCGUAUGAGAUUGAAAAGAGAUUAAGCACAGCUGACCUCUUUAAGUUUCCAAACUUUGAGUCUAUCUGUUGGUACGUGGGGAAACAUUUACUUGACACGUUUCGAGGUCUUCGAGAGAACAGGAGACACCCAGCGUCUUACCUACUGCAUGGAGCCAAAGCACUUAAUACGACGUUUAGAGCUUGGACCAAGAAAGAGGCAUUAAUGGAUCAUGAAGAGGAGAUCCCAGAGACCAUCCUUACUGGUCAGCUCAUCAAAGAUUUGGACAGAGAAAUCCGACUGAUGGAGGACAUCUUUCAUCAAAGUAUUGAGAAGACAGGCAGUCUUCUGAGUAUGACACGAAGUCCAAUUACUGGCACUUCCUCUCCUGUCAAGAUGUCCCUCUUGGCCAAGGGAUCCAAGAAAAAGAGCACAAAAACAAAGGAGCUGGGGAAGAAAGGUGGAAGGAAGGGGAAAGACAGCCAGGACGAUGACCUGAGCUCAGAGCUGUCAGACAUCCAAAAUCAGAAGACCUUGGUGCCUAAGAAAGAAAUGGUAGAAGAUGACAUUCUGGAUGACCUUGAUGAAAAGCCUGAUAGCUGUUUACUGGAUUCAGAAUUAACAGAGAGUAAACUAAGAUUGGUCCUGUCCAAUGGUACAAACAUAAGUAGCAAGAAGAUUCGUGUAGGAGCUGGAAGUAGGCGCCAAGGAUCUAUCACAAAAGUCCCUAAAACUGAAUCAUUGGAUCCGGAUCUAUCACCUGGUGACCCUUUCAUCAUGGACUCAGAGGAUGACUUGCAAAUUGAUGAAACUCCCCGCAAGGAGAGAAAGCUGGUCCUUCCCAAGAGAAAACUACACAAAUUUCCACGGAAACUUCCACGAGCAAAGCCGUGUUCAGACCCUAACCGUGUGAGAGAGCCUGGUGAGCUGGAGUUUGAUGUGGAGGCAAAUUACACCACGGAUGAGGAAAUGGGAGAGGUUGAUGGGGACCAGCUUGGUGCCAGUAGCGGUGGCAUUUUAGACCUUCUGAAAGCCAGUCGACAGGUUGGAGGCCCAGACUACUCUGAAAUUGAUGAAGCCCCCGCCUCCCCAAGCACCCAGGAGGCCAUCCAAGGCAUGCUGUGCAUGGCAAAUCUGCAGGCCUCCUCCUCCUCCUGCACUCCUUCCAGCCUUCAGGCCUGGUGGGCAGCUGGACAAGAGAGCGGCGCUUCAACAGGUGGAACACAAGGUGGCAGUAAGGCCACAGGGAACAACAAGGCCGGCAGCAAUGGAACCAGCGCAAGCAUCGGACACAGUAAAGUUAUUCUGCGGCCAGGAAAGAGGCCUGUACGGAGGCCAGCACAUCGCAGUAUGGACAGUGAGGAUGAAGAUAGUGCAGAUGAGCAGGAAACUUUGGGAGCCUGUUUCAAAGACUCGGAAUACAUUUAUCCGUCUCUGGAGUCAGAUGAUGACGACCCAGCACUGAGGUCACGCCCGAAGAAAAAGAAACAGACUGAUGAUGCUCCCUGGAACCCGAAAGCACGUGUCACCCCAACACUUCCAAAACAGGCCCGUCCAGUUCGUGAGGGUACACGUGUGGCCUCAGUGGAGACUGGGUUAGCAGUUGCUGCAGCAAGACUUUCUCAGCAGGAACAACAGAAAUCACAGAAGAAGAAAAUUCCCAUUAAGAAGAAGCCACAAAAUGAACCAGAACCUCCAAUUCUUCCAUCUGAACCAGACCCACCUCCACCUGAACCACAGGUGGAGGUUUUCUCCGGCAGCCUGGCUGAUCACGAGUAUACAGCCGGACCCAAUAUAUUCGGCAUGGCUCAGGUCAAUCGUGGCACUACUCCAAUGGCACCCGGUGUCUUCCUUUCCCAUCGGCGUCUUUCUGCUACCUCUCCAGCAAGUCAAGUAGUUCAAGGGAAGCGACCCAAGAAAGGUUUGGCAACUGCUAAACAACGUCUGGGCAAGAUCUUGAAGAUCCACCGGAAUGGAAAGCUGCUUCUGCUGUGACUUUUUCCUCUUAUACUCUAUGCUGGUCCCUUUUCUCCAAUAUGGAUGAAUAGACUUCUAGGACCACGGUACAGAGCCCGCAGAGAAUGCAGAGCUGGAUCCCUAGCUGUGCUGAACACAUAUUUUUUUAUGUACUGUACACACAAAACGUACAUGUUUUAUGGAGAAACACAAACCAAAAAGGCAGGGUCCUCACAGACGUACCUAGAACGUAGUGGGAGAAAGACUAAAGAAGCCCCUCGUGACACAGGAGAGCUGAUAUUUGUGCUUCAAUUCUUAUUUACCUCGUGUGGUUCCAUUUUACACCAACGUUAUGGGUUCCACAUUAGACACUGUAAGCAUGUCGGUCAGACAGGGCAGGUGUGGGAAGGUGGCUGAUGUCUUCGUUUUUCUAGGUCUCCGGGAACCUCUUCAAGCAAAAGCAAGUUUCAGUGACUGUUGAGCUGGGCUUAAUUUCUUUUUGUGAUGAAUUCCUAUUUCAUUCAUAUGACCCAUACGCAUUAGACAUUGUUCGAACCAUGUCAUCCAAGACUGGUGAAACUAUAGCCGCCUACUUCCUGACACCCUAACUUUCUACACUUGCUCCGUGGAUGUCAGGUUUGCUGUCUGUCACUACAGUGCGCUCCCGCCGCCACGAUCCUACUUCCACUGGGAAAGUUCCCAUCACUGCUUUGAGAUCAUGAAUAUGGAAAUGUUUUGCUCUCGGCCCUUGCAUUGAACGGAUCUGGUUAUCAUGAGUGAAGGUGUCUGUGGAUGUGUGGGGACAUUUAUAUGAAGUAGCAAAACCUUUUGAUUGAGACUUCAGAAGUGCGGACACUCAAAUUGAAAUACUGGAAAAUUCUCUGGCUUGGACUUCAGAUCUGCAGACCCUCAGUUUUCAUCUUCUUUACCCUAACUUGUGUGCGUGAAUAUAUGUGUAUACGUGUGUGUAAUAUAUAUAUAUAUACACACACACACAUUAUACUUCCUUAUUCUUGUUCAACGUUUACUUGUAAACAAGUUUUGAGAAGGCAUAACUACAAGCAAGACACAAUUCAUGAGAGUACUAGGGACCUCUUAUAGCACUGUUUCCAGAAUAGUUUUAGUAACACACUCCUUAUUUAUAGAUUUACCCUAAUGACGAAUUCUUACUUUUCAUAUCGGUGUUGGCGCCAGUUUUUUUUUUUUUUUUUUUUUUUUCUUAUUUAUAUAUUUUUGCAGAACACACAUACAAGCAGCGUGUUAUGGCACUGCAGUGCCGUGCCAGCUGGAUAAGAAUAUAAUAGGAGGAUAUGAUACGGAAAUGAUCUGCUGUAUAAUACUGUUAACGUAAUGGUGGACAUCUGGUCCAGCCUUAGCGCGAGGACAGCCCUUGUGUUUGGCAGAACAGAAACCUGUUUUGGGCCAGUUUCAAAGGUGACUAACCUGUCAUUACAAUGAAUGCUUCUUCAUGCAAGAAUGCGGCCCCAUACAUCAGGGGCGAAUCCAUCCCAUCUCCAUUUGCUGGUUCCAUACAUUGUACAUGGUGUGUUUUUAAUAAAUCCAUCCUGUUAAUAUUCCCAGAACACACAAGUUUCCCUGUAUAAACCUUUCCUUUGUUCUUUAACUGAUAGGUGAGGUUUUCACAUGUGUUGUUCUAGGCAAGCCCAAGGUUAUUGAGUCAUUGCAGGAAUAAUACUGUAGGCUGACUAAUCACAGGUGUCCGUCUGUGGGUCUGGUUCAGAAUAACGACUCAAAAAAAGGAGCAGUUUUGGUAACACCAUGUUGCACUGCCAGUGGGGCCGGUUUACAUUUGGGAAGGGAUGUGUCCUAGCUUAAUUCUAAACUCCAUUGUAAAACCAAAGCUGCCCAGUAUUUGCUACAUGCAAAAGCAGUCCGUAUCUUCCCUGCAUGCAAAUAAAUGCAUUUGCGCCCCUGUAUUGCAGCAUGGUUUGUCCAGGAGUAAAUUUCUCUUUCUUUGCUCCUUUUAUUUUAUGUGGUCGUUACUGAGUCAAGCCCUAUGUAUUCAGCAGCCUAAAGACAGAGGUGAGCAUUCAUGUUUACAGGCACAAAUUGCUUAUACUUAAGAUAUUGUGUGAGGGAGUCCACUAACAGUAUCGGAUUAGGGAUCUGAUAAAUCCAAUGGAAGAGUCUAUAUGUAGCAGUGAUAUGGUAGUGAGAGAUCGUAGGUCAUUGGAGCUUAAAAGGUUAUAAACCUGGAAAAGGGUUAAAAAAUUCUACCAUCAGAAGGCACCGGAGUUACAGCCUGGAGAGUACAUUUUUACAUGUUCCUUACCAGGAGUAAGUGUGGGGUAAUAGGGUGGUGAGAUUGUCUCAUAAUGACAGUAAGGGGCAUAUUCAAUUGGCUGCUAGGUUUUCCAUGUAAAUAAUUUGCAGACCUCACAACCAAAUUUGGAUUACCAUGAGUAUGCAUGCUCCGAUACCGUGGUAUCCAAUUUAUUUUUAUUUUUUAAAUGAAGGAUUUACUGCGUUGAAAUCCCAGCAGUGCCUGAGCAAAAAAAAAAAAAGACUCCCCUGCUCCAGACGCUCUGCUGUCAUCUGUGCUUUGCUGCUGCAUCCUCCGACCGCUAGGCCGGCUCCUGUGCUUUCCUGCAUGAAGAAGGAACCGGCCAGAGAAGGUAAGUGUUGUGUGUGGGGAGUAGGGUGCAGGGUAGUGGCAAUAGUGUAUAUGGGGAGAGGUAGUGUGUGUGUGUGUGAGCUGGUGCAGGGCUAGUACAUACCUGUCUUGUGUCUAGCCAGUUCCUGGAUGCUGUCUCUGUGCAAUGCUUGGCACUGGAGGAGGAGGUAGUGCUGUGGAAGGUGAGUAAUUAAGGACUAAUUAAACAAAUUGGAAGCUUCCAAUUGCUUAAUUAGUCAUUAGGGGGUUUGCCACAGGGGUUCCAGAGCAAUGGCAGUAAAGAUGGUGUAAUGGUCAGCAUUACUGUCUCACAACACGGAGGUCAUGGGUUCGCUUUCCACCAUGGCCCUAACUGUGUACUUUAUGUAUUGUUCCCGUGCUUGCGUCUGUUUCCUCCGGGUACUCUGGUUUCCUCCCACAAUCCAAAAGUUGGGUUAAUUGGCUCCCAAAAAAACCUUAGUGUGCAAAUGUAUGCGUGUACAUGGGCAGACUAGAUGGGUCAAGUGGUCCUUAUCUGAUGUCAAAUUCAGUGUUUCUAAAUUCCAAACCAUUUUUCCCUAAAAAAAAUAAUAAUUUGGAAUUAAGGAAUAAUUGGUCAUGCGUUGGGGCUGCGGGGAAAAAUAAAAUGCCCCAGAACUCAAAUUCAAAAACCCUGCAACCAACUGAACAACGAGGAUCUCGCGCCUGCCUGAAAAACCCAGCAGGUGCAAGAUUUUUACUAUUCUUGAACCUAAUUGAAUAUGCCCUUAAGGGUCAUACGCAAUUAGCCGCAGACUUUGCCCAGUGGCUAAUUGACAGGCCGGACCUAUUCAAUUAGGUCCUGCAUCCCCAUGCAUAACACAGCCUCAGGAGCUUAGAUUGCAGCCUCUGGGGUUUAGCACUCAGGGAAACAGAUUCCAGCAUUUAAUGUGGAAUCUAUGGAUUACCGCGUGGAGAAAAUGCAGAAAAACUGAUUAUCUGCAUGCGUCAAACACAUAUGGUAAACCCGCAUAGCUGAUUGGAUAUGCCCCCAAGAUUAAUAGGCUGUAAGUAAGGGGGGGGGGGGCAUAGCUGGGUGCUGAUAGUCAUCUUGUGGCAAUUGAAUGUCUCCAGUUAAAUACAUAAAGGCCGUAGUGCCCUUUCAUGUAAAGUUGAUAGUAUGACGUGUGAGGCUUGCGUAUAGUUAGGCUUUUCAUACUUAGCCUACUUACCCUUAAAUCUAUAUACUCAUAGUCCUAGAUCCAGUGUAGUACUCCUGGUAAAGGCCACUGUGUUAUUUAUUUUAUUGUCCCUGCGUAAAAGGUACAGGUAGGGCCUACGUGGGCUUGUCAAGUGGAUGAUAGUUCACACAAAUAUAGCCGAUUAGUUUUGGGGGGUUUUCCAGUUUAUUUUUAGCACAACCAAGACAUUAACUAUUUUCUUAAUGAUUCCAGGUCCUAACACAAGUAAUUACAUUUGAAUGAGGUUGUACAUUCUACAAUGUAACAGUGCACUUACCAUGCUCAUCUGCAUUCAUGCAUUCAAGAGAUCCACCUUCUCUAUUCAGAUUUAUUAGGGGAGUGGAUUUUUACGUUUGGAAAUUGCUAUUUCCUAGCUCAAAAGUAUUCCGCUAAGUCCGAGUGCCCUCUCAAGAGGACAGUGCUCAACAUAAAACUUAUACCAUUGUGUGUAACUACUGUAGCUCCCUAGAUAUCACAUUGUUCUUGGGAUAAGCUCAGGACUACCCCACGUUAGUUGUUAUGCCAAAAAUCUGCGUUCAUUUGCUUACAAUUAAAGAGUGAUAAAUUUGAAUUUGGCCUAGGAUGGCGUGCCUAUUGCCCAAAUUUGGUACGGUAAUGGUGUACUGCAUUACACUGCUCAGUUCAGAUACUAGGGGGAAUUCAAUUGUUUGAAAAGUCGGUUGGGUGCCUGUUUUUUCCUGUCUAUUAGAUAGGAAAAAACAGACACCCAACUGACUUUUCAAACAAUUGAAUACCGCCCUUUAUGUGAAAUAGAAUGAAUUGCUAGCUUUGGGAAAGCAUGGAAUAGCUCCCCAUAGAGAUCAGUGAAAUCUUUUUUACGUGUCUUAAGAUACAUUCAGUAUGCUGCACUAUGUAGUAUAUAUGUAAGGUACAUGUUACUGACAUUAAGCUGCAGUAAUAGCUGCACUUUCCAUGUGUAUCUGAUAUAUAUAUUAUACACACACAUAUAUACACACCUACAUGAUAUAUAUAUAUAUAUAUAUAUAUAUAUCGCUUAGCACUCACGUUUCUAGAUGUUCUAACGCUGUUGCCUUUCUAGAGUGCUUGGUUAUAGCUUUCACAAUGGGUAGCAUGUAGCUCAGGGAUUUAUAAAGACUAAUAGGGGUAUAUAAUUGAUGUUGAUCCUAUCCUACAGAAAAGAUCCGAUAUUUCAGUAUUCAAUUUGGAUUUGUCUGUUCUCGACAAUGUCCAUACGACUUUUUUUUUAAGUCGGAUUGACAUUGUUGGAAACGGGUCUAAAACCUGUCUGGUUUGGCCGCGAAUCUGACAAAACACGUGGAUCUGCGGCUAAUCUGCCGAUCCACGUGUUUCUGACAAGUCGGAAUUGCCGACCUGUCGGAAAAACGGCAGCCCAAUUGAAUAGGUUGGAACACUAUCCGACCUAAAAAAGUCGGAAACUGACGUCUUUCUGACAAGACAGCAGUUCCGACUUAAAUUGAAUACCAACGAAAGUAUCUGUUGGUGAUUUAUUGCAGUAUUAUUCUUUAUACAUCCCCCAGUCACUCCUCCCCUUUCUGUGAUUAUUAUAGUUUGUACUUUUGUCUUGCUCAUUCAUGAUUUAAGUUGUGAUUUUCUUUUUUGUUUUGUAUUCUAAACCAUGAUCAGCUCAGGAAGACUACACAAUAUCCGUGGAUGAAAAACUAUACGACUAACCAGCCAAGGGGGAAAGGGUUUUUCUUUUCUUUUAGUGGUUUGUACGUUUUGUGUGGAUCGUUUUUUGUUUUUUUUAACUGAAAAUUAUUUUUUAAAAGAACAAACAACUUUAAGAUGUGUGAAUUCAUUUUUCACUGUGUUUGCGCAUCGGCUUAAUAUUGUCAGGCAGCUAUUUAAAAUGCUUUUCCUAUGUCCGGGUUUCUGUUUACUAAUGUAAUUUAUAUAUUUUUUUAGAAUGUCUUGUUUCCCCAUAAGUAGCUAUAAAUGAAUACAGCUGCCUGAACCUGCUUUCACGGUG